UUGCGCGUCGAGGCCGGCGGGCGGGCGGAGGAGAGGGCCAGGGCCGCCCCGUCGCCCGCCAUGUCGGAGACCUACGACUUCCUCUUCAAGUUCCUGGUCAUCGGCAGCGCCGGCACCGGAAAGUCCUGCCUGCUGCACCACUUCAUCGAGAGCAAGUUUAAGCAGGACUCCAACCACACCAUCGGGGUGGAAUUCGGGUCGAAGGUGGUGGCCGUCGCGGGCAAAACGGUGAAGCUGCAGAUCUGGGACACGGCCGGGCAGGAGCGGUUCAGGUCUGUUACUAGAAGCUACUACAGGGGUGCAGCCGGGGCGCUUUUGGUGUAUGACAUCACGAGCAGAGAGACCUACAACGCCUUGACCAAUUGGCUAGCCGAUGCCCGGACUCUGGCCAGCCUCAACAUUGUCAUUAUUCUAUGCGGCAACAAGAAGGAUUUGGAUGCUGACCGGGAAGUCACUUUUUUGGAAGCUUCUCGUUUUGCUCAAGAGAACGAGCUGAUGUUCCUGGAGACCAGUGCCUUGACUGGAGAGAAUGUAGAAGAAGCUUUCCUGAAAUGUGCACGGACCAUCCUGAAUAAAAUCGAAUCAGGUGAGCUCGACCCAGAGAGGAUGGGCUCCGGUAUCCAGUACGGGGAUACGUCCUUGCGGCAGCUGCGCAGCCCCGGAGCAGCCAGGCACAGGCGCGGCAGCAGUGCACCUGCUAGGGCCCAGGCCCCCACCGGCUUGCAAGUGCUGGAACUCCGCUGCUCUGGACCCAGGGCUCCAUGAAGCCUCCUCUUCUGUUGGGCCUCGUGGGCUGAAGACCCCACCGCACCCCCGCUGUGGCUGCCACGGCCACUGCUGCUUCCUCCCCCUUGCCUCGCCUCCUGUCCUAAGGGCAAGAAGGGGUGCGCAGUUCGGCUAUCAGAUUUCCUAGCAGAAGGUUUGCACGAGUAGCUGAGGCCAGGCCCCCGCAUCCCUCCCCUCGCACACUGCUGCUCCCCAAAGGUAUUUGUGUGGGGGUGCCCCUGGAGGGCGUGGGCCUUCUUGGUCCCUCUGAUUGGCCAGGAGUGUCGGUGUCCCUCCUGAGAUGCACUACUUUCUCUCUUUCUUCCUUCGCUCUGCAGACCUUGAACUCUUUCACAGUGCACCGAGUCUCAACCUGCUUUGAGAAGUGGUGGUGGGGGGAGGUUUGGGGGCAGGUGGGAGCACAGUUAUGCGGGUGGAAACUCUGGUGGUCCCCGGCCGAGUGCCUCUCCCCUCAGGUUCGCUUGUGCAGGUGGCCUUUCCAGGCGUUUGGCUUCCCAGGCCCCUCUUAUGCUCGGCCGUUGCCUCUGCCUGUAGCCCCCCCCCUUUUCCUGGGCUGCAGAGGCUGGGCCAGGCCAAGGCCAGUGGGAGGUUUUUUUUGUGCACUGUUGAUGGAGCGAGAAAUGCUCCCUUCGGCAAUUUCUUUGAGCUCUUUCCUGGUGAUUUACUCUGGGCUGAGUCUACAGCAAGGAAGCCACAGUGCUGGCGGAAAAAUCCCUCUUCCCGGCUGUGGAGGAAGCUGUGGGGCUAUUGGCCCCCCCCCCCCCGGCCCUCCGUUUGGGUGAGCUUGGAUUCCGGCCUCCUCUCAAGUGUUGCAAGACGGACGGAGCUCCGGAGCCUUUGAGCGGCAAACGUCCCACGUUUGACAAAGCAGCCAGAGAGCCCAGCCUGAAUUUGUCAUAAGGAGUUGGGGGAAGCCUACCAGGUUAUGGAAUUGCCCCCAGUCCCUCCCUCCCUCCCGUGGCCAGUGUUCCCAGACUUGCUGUGCGUGGUCCCUCGGCCCCGCCUGGGUCCUGCAGAGGAAGGGGGGGGGGGUUUGGGAGGGAUCUCUUGAGAGGCCCCAGCUCUGAGGAGGAGGAGGGUUCCCCCUCCCCGCAUUACAAUAGUCUCUCUCAACCCUCUGGCACUGCCUGCCCCUCUCCCUCCCGCCCCCUUUCUCCAGUGGGCCAGGAGCUGCCUCCCUGUGUGUUGAACCCACAUGUGCAUGGGUCCGCAGGGGUCUGGUUUUUGGCAGCCGUCCAGAAUGAGGCCUGGGUCCAGAUGGUGGGCUUGGAGGAGUUUGCUGGGCCACACGUCCUCCUGGUUGACUGAGCGAGGAAGGAAGGAAGGUGGGAUCGCAGGGUUGAGCUGGCAGUUCCUUCUGGCCAUGGGUGGUUGCCCCCCUUGCAGGAAGAGGCGGUGCUCUGAGUUGGGGCUUCCUCCCCUCCCAGUUUUAUAACCACCUAAUGGGAAGAUGGGGAGCUGGAGGUGGGGUCUGCUUCUGUUUUCCACCAGGGUGUAGGAAUCUCUGUGGCCGCCACUUGUGUGCUGGGAAGGUUUCGCAUUCCUCUCCUGAGCAGAAAGGAAGGUGAAACGGGGGGGGGGGCAGGGGGGGGGGCUUGGAUUUUAUUUUUAAGUGUCGUGUUUCUCUCUGUUAUUUAUUCUCCUGUGUGAAGGGCAGGAAGGGGCUGGCUUUGCAGGUGGGGUCCCUGCCCUCCUUUGCCCGGCUUGAUUCGCUUCAGCUUUGAAGGAGGAGGGGGACUCCCUUCCAUCCAGAGUGGGACAGCUGACAGUUAUACGCAGUUUAAAACUUAAAUCUUCCGGUUUAUUUUAUUUUUUCUAUGAACGCAAACAUUCCCUCCAACUUUGAGGCUGUGAAAUUGCUGCUCAUACAUAAACGUUUUCCCCCCCUUU